GCCUGUCGCCGCGGCGACGCGGGCGUGGGAGGACCCGGAUGUGCCUCGCUCCCAACAUGGCGGCGGCGGCGGCCGACACUUUUCCCGGAGGACCCGGAACGCGGAGCUGAGGCAGGAAAGUUUUCCCUUCGUGGAAGCCGCGCGUCCCGGGCCAUGUUCUCCAAGAAGAAGAAGCGCGUGGAGAUCUCGGCUCCGUCCAACUUCGAGCACCGGGUGCACACGGGCUACGACCCCUCGGAGCAGCGCUUCACGGGGCUGCCCCGCCAGUGGCAGGGGCUGCUCGAGGAGUCCGCCCGGCGCCCCAAGCCCCUCGUGGACCCCGCCUGCAUCACCGCCAUCCGCGGGGCGCACAAGGCCGAGCACCGCCCGGGACGCCCGCAGGAGGUGACCCCCAACGGGCCGGUCCCCGCCGCCGCUCCCGGCGCCUCCCACGCCCCCGGCCCCGCACGCCCCAAAGCCCCGGAGCCGCCUCCCCCCGCCCCGGAGCCCCCGGCCCCGCGCGCCCCCGGCCCCGCGCCCGCCCCCGCGGCGGCGCCCCAGCGCGUGUCCCACGAGCAGUUCCGGGCGGCGCUGCAGAUGGUGGUGGACCCCGGCGACCCCCGCACGUACCUGGACAACUUCAUCAAGAUCGGCGAGGGCUCCACGGGCGUCGUCUGCAUCGCCACCGUGCGCGGCUCCGGCAAGCUCGUGGCCGUCAAGAAGAUGGACCUGCGCAAGCAGCAGCGGCGGGAGCUGCUCUUCAACGAGGUGGUGAUCAUGCGGGACCACCAGCACGAGAACGUGGUGGAGAUGUACAACAGCUACCUGGUGGGCGACGAGCUCUGGGUGGUGAUGGAGUUCCUGGAGGGCGGCGCGCUGACCGACAUCGUCACCCACACCAGGAUGUCGGAGGAGCAGAUCGCCGCCGUGUGCCGCUCGGUGCUGCGCGCGCUCGCCGUGCUCCACGCCCAGGGCGUCAUCCACCGCGACAUCAAGAGCGACUCCAUCCUCCUCACGCACGACGGGCGGGUGAAACUCUCGGAUUUCGGCUUCUGCGCCCAAGUGAACAAGGAGGUGCCGCGGCGCCGGUCCCUGGUGGGGACCCCGUACUGGAUGGCCCCCGAGCUCAUCUCCCGCCUGCCCUACGGCCCAGAGGUGGACAUCUGGUCUCUGGGAGUGAUGGUCAUCGAGAUGGUGGACGGGGAGCCCCCUUAUUUCAACGAGCCCCCCCUCAAAGCCAUGAAGCUGAUCCGGGACAACCUUCCCCCCCGGCUCAAGAACGGCCACAAGGUGUCCCCGUCGCUGAAGGGGUUCCUGGAGCGGAUGCUGGUGCGGGACCCGGCGCAGCGGGCGAGCGCCCCGGAGCUGCUCCGCCACCCGUUCCUGGGGGUCGCGGGCCCCCCCGCCUGCAUCGUGCCCCUCAUGCGCCAGCACCGGCUGCGGUGAGACCCCCCCUCUCUGGGGGACACCCCCCGGCCCCCUCCUGCUCCUCCUCCUCAGCAGCACCCCCAAACUGGAGCGGGACUGGGACGUUCCUGGGCCCCCCAACCUGUACUACUGAGCUGGGGACCCCCCAGCAGAGAUUCUGGAGGGGAGGGUGCGGCCGUCGUCCCAGAGAUUUGGGGCUCAUCCUGGUCCCUCCUUUGGGACACAUUUUGGGGCAUUUCCCCCUUUUUUGUUUUGUUUUUUAAGCCCCCUCUUUUCUACCCCCCUUGGGCACUGGGGUAUGGCCCCCCCUGCAUCUCCAUGAGAGGGGGGGGUCCCCAAAACUACAGCCCCCCCGUCUUCACACCACACUACUGAUUGGGAGUGUGUCCCCCCCGGGCCCUCCUCGCCUGUUUUUGUUGAUUUUGGGGUUUUUUUGCUGGUUCCUUCCCCCCGGAACUCCCCCUGGCCCCACGGAUUUUGUUUUUUAACGAAGUUCUAUUUAUAUGGUCGCGUUUUGUACCGCGCGGGACGGGGGGCCCCGGGGGGACUCGGGGCCCCCCCAGAUUACACGUGUCCUUUUGGA